UGGGCAUGUAUUUAAUAGAUACAGUACUAAAAUCCAACAGCUGUAAAAAAGCGAAUGAAAGAAUCGAGUGCAUGGUAGCGUCUCUAGCAUUGUGUGAGAUAAGAGGUGCUUUACACAUCUCCAUAAAUAACUUUAAUAGCACUGUUGCCGCCGCUAAUGUGGGUAACAGCGCUUCGGAUGCUCAGACCAAGCCGACGCUUUAGAAAAAAGCAGCAUUAUAUAAUGGACUACUAUUGUCUCAGUUCGUUUCAAAGCGUUAACGUUCCAUAAAAUACGAGAAACAGUUUCAGAGGGCAAACUUAGCACAGAUCUCUAGAGCAGCGCUGCAGGAGUUGAUUUCCGUUUGUACGCGGCCCCUUCGGCGCUGUUUUGUAACGAAUUUGUCUAACCACGCUUAAUGUCAGUUUGCCAACCGGUAAACCGGCCGUAAAACAAUUGUAUGCUGUUAAGCCGGAGUUUUACUAACUCUCGAUAUUCCUCGUUUACGUUUACAAGGUGGGUGCAAUCCAUUUGUACGUAAAUUCAAAGACUACUUCCAGUAAAAAUGGUUACUGGUAUACGCUCUGCAUGGGUGGCAAUAUUAAUACCUGCUCACAGACAAUCAGACAACGUAAUGGAUAAUACCGCUAAUGAUAAGACGCCGUUUGCUGAUACAGAAUCUGAUAAUCAACUGCGCUAACGCACACAUCUCACUUCUAGAAUGCUGAUCGUACUGUACAUAUACAUAUACAGGAAACUGCAUUACACAGUGUGUACAGAAACAUAAUUAUUAGUACGAGUAUAAAUGCUUGCCCAGCACACUUUGUACUCUCGCAUUUGUUUCCUGCCGAAAAGUGAUAUCAUAUUGGUAAGUGGUUGUAAGUGGUAAACACUUAGCACUUAAAUAACUCUCCAAGAAAAUGUCGGAAAAUCCGCCUGUUGCUCUCCAAUUCAAAUCCUCCGUCCAGCAAGCGCUGCAGGCGCACUUCGACAGCCUCUGCAAGAUCAGCCACGAGAUAUGGAGCCACCCUGAAAUCGGUUACCACGAGCACCACGCAGUGCAACAGUUAACGGAGUACAUAGAAACGAGUGGCUAUACCGUGACGCGAAAUUUCUGCGAUAUUAAGACAUCUUUUUUGGGAGAAUUCUGCACUGGCGGCUUCGAUCCCGCCCAACACCCAACGGUGGCAGUGCUGUGUGAGUACGAUGCCUUGCCGGAAAUCGGGCACGGAUGUGGCCACAACCUGAUUGCCAUUGUCGGCUUGGGGGCUUUCCUGGCGGCAGCGGAGGUGCUCAAGACAGCCGGCACAUCUGCGCAGGGCAAAAUUGUCUGUAUGGGUGCUCCGGCGGAAGAACUGGGAGGCGGGAAGGUACUUCUCGUGGAAUCAGGCGCCUUCAGUGGUGUCGAUUACGCUCUGAUGAGCCAUCCAGCGGCGGUGGACGUGCUGGAACCAACAAUUCUGAGUAUCGAUCAUUGGAAAGCGGAAUUCUACGGCAAAGCCGCACACGCCUCUUGCGGUCCAUGGGAAGGAGUGAAUGCGCUGGAUGCGGUGGUUGCCGCUUAUAACAACGUCUCUAUGUUGCGGCAGCAGCUGAAACCCGGCCAUCAGAUCCACAUGAUCAUUACGCACGGCGGCGCUAAACCGAACAUUAUCCCGGAUUACACCAAGGCCGACAUCUACAUUCGAGCACCCACCAGUGCCGAUGUGGAAGAGUUAAGAAGACGUGUGGCUGCGUGUCUCCAGGCCGGAGCAGAAGCAACAGGUUGCCGAGUGGACUACGGAAUGAAUGAUCUAAGCUAUUCUGGCUUGAUGAGCAAUCAAAAGCUACUGUCUAUCUACAAAUACUUUGGCGAGAACAACGGCAUGCGCUUUAUGACGCUGCCGCCUGGCAUGUACGGCUCCACCGACAUGGGCAACGUCUCCACCACCAUCCCCAGCAUUCAUCCCACAUUCUCUAUCGGUGACUCACACUGCAACAUGCUCCACACCAAAGAAUUCCGCGACAGCGUAGGCCAGCCGGUUGCCCAUCACUUUGCCAUGAAAUCAGCGACUGCCCUGGCUCUGACCGCGCUGGAGCUCUUCAGUAAUCCGCAGUUCCAAAAGGACGUACGAACAGAGUUCGACGAACGUCGACCGGGAUUUAUGGGAAAAGCGCCCGAGGGGACAGAUUCGACGGAUGGUGGAGACAGGUCCUUGCAGCUGCCCAGUGGCUUCAAUCCCGGACGGCGCCGGUCUAGUCGGCAGUUCCUGAUCGAAAUGGGUCUGCUGAAGCCGAUGGCGCUGGAGGAGAAGAGAGGCAGCAUCCAAGAAUAAUUUGGGUCCAAAAAAAUAACCGAAUGCAAUGCAACGCAGCAAAGGUGGGUAUUAUACAGCUCGGAAGGCAAAAAUAAGCGAGUGCGACGGUGUACGUCUUAGAAUUAUGGAACUGCAUUGCUCAAACGAAAUAAUUUAUUUUCACGUUUUCCUUGCACGAUGCAUCAGCUAAUGGAAAAGCGCGAGUAGAUUUAGGAAUUAUGGUGCCUGUAGGAACUAUGAAUAAGACUGAUUGACCGUAGAAGCGUAGAUGAUUCUGACUAUAAAUAAAAAAGUGCGGAUAUUUUUAUACAUAAAACGA